GCAAAUUUCUACUCGCUACGCUUCGGAGGGUCUGUGUUCCCGUGGGUGUUGAUGCAGCUAGAUUCGCAUUCUUCCAGUCCGAUUGUACAUGGAGUUUUCCACAAGAUUCACCUGCAGAGCUUUUAGCUUGUCCACUGAGUUGGGUCACCAGUGCUAAUCAAACAGCUCUCUCCGUUAAACUUCACAAAAGGUCGCAAGAAGUGUCAUGCCCAGCGGGCACAAGUUUUGACACUGCGACGGGAAGUUAAUUCUCUUCGGGUGAGCCGAUCCGAAGGAUUGAGGAGGGGCUCCUGUAGCCCAGGUGACAUUUCGCUCGCGUAUUCCAAGCAGCAAACGUUUCUUAAUCUCUUUGAGAGGAGGAGAGAAUGGAAGGUGCAGGUGCGUCCAUCUUCAGUCACGCUGCUGAACUGGCGACACGGGAAAUGGACUCCGCACACGAGGAACCGGAGCUUCCCUCCGCCAUCCAGGACCUUGUACAGCGUCUGGAAGGACAAGGCGACCCUAUAACGCAGCUUCCCGAUUUAACCAAGCCAGAAUUUCGGGAGUUCUUUCCCUAUAGUGAAUCAUCGAUUUUCAUGGAUUCAUCAUCAUGGAUUCGCUCGACAAUCAUAGGGUGGCGAAGCCAAGUGCGUCUUCGAGUGCUGGAGGCAAUCGGCAGCUGCAACACCCUUGAGAUUCUGGACGUGGGCAAGAUUUGUGGGGCAUAUAUAUCAGGGUUGACGCCAAGCGAGUGGGAGGUAGUUCUCAGAGGUUUCAGGUCUAGCACCGUUCUUAAAAAGAUAAUCGUUGGUUGGUUGUUCGCUUCAGAUGAUGCGGAUAAGGAGAGCUUGUGUUUCCAGCUGGGGAGAAUUCUGAAUUCCUCUAGCGUAACAGAGUUAGCAGUGCGUGCCAGAUUGAGUGCCAGAUAUCUCUCGAAUCUCGCCUCAGGUCUGCGAGGACGUUCCGAUUCUAAACUCAAGUCUUUAGAUUUAUGGGAAGCGUGGGAGGACUCGAGUGGGGUGAAGUAUGUGGCUGACAUGAUCAAUAGUGCUCCUCUAUUAGAAACGUUGCGUUUAGGCGGCUAUUGGGAGGACAUGGAGGACGAGACCCUUGGAAUCCUGUCCCAGGCUUUGAUCCAGAGCUUGGCUUUGAAAGAAUUUACCUUAGACGACGCGGGGAAGUGGGCAUGGCCCUUGUUGCUGAAAGCAUUGGCCGGAGACGAUCGCAACCGAUCCAUUGAACGUCUUCGGCUAAAGGUUAUGGAUGGACUCGGAGACUGUUUAAGGGAACUUCUUAUUUCCAACCCAUCAUUGAAGGAAGUGGAGCUCCACCCACUUGUCAUGGAGCCUGAGCAAGCGCACCAGCUCGGCGAAGCCAUACGUGACAAUGCCAUAUCGACAACUAUCCUUCUUCCUGCGACAGUUAGCUUGGAUGACUUCAAGUCAAUAGAAGCUCUUGCUCUUGCUGCUAGCUCCGAAAUCAACGACCCCACUCUGGAGGUUACACUCGUUCCUAUGAGAGAAGAUGAAGUGAUGUUAUCAUUAAACCUAUUAGAUAGGGUACUGCGCGGGGAAAUUACAUCUCUGAAAUCUCUGAGUAUAUUAGAUCGCUUAGGUCUCUCUUCCAACCAAGAUAGAGGGAAAGGUAUUCUGUCGAUGAACGGAAGAACUGGAGAAACUUGCGUCCUGAAGAGACUCGGAUUAAGACGUCUAAGCGAAGAUGUUUGGGAGGGAGUAUGGAAGGACCUGCUUUUGUGCCUGCGAGGGAACACAAGUCUCACUCACUUGGAUUUGAGUGAGACCUGGCUGGACGACGAGACGUUCAGGGACAUGAUGGGGCUACUCCAACAGAACUUGAGUCUCCAGGAAAUAAAUGUCUCAGAAACCUCAUGGGCUAUAGACGGAAAGGCGGCGCUGAUUCAAGAGGCACUCAAGCAGAACGAGAAGCGGGCCGCCUACAUGUCCGUAUUUAGAGAAGCCGGAUUAGCAUUUGGAGAUGCAAAAGCCGGUCGACUCUUUCUAUGCGGCUCUCCUCUAGCAGGCAAGACUCAAUUGCGUCAAACCUUGAUGAGGAUAGUUGAAGGCAAAAGUUGGCUUGGAAUCAAAUGGAACAAGUUGUUUAGAACUAAAGGUAUCGAAGUGGAGUACUUGCAAAACAACGACAAAAGGCAAAUUUCAAUCUGGGAUCUUGCGGGGCAAGAGAUUUUUCGUACCCUUCAAACUGUGCUCUUUCCUCAAUCCAACAAUUUUUGUGUUUUUUUAUUUGUGUAUAGCUCUUUUUGUGAGAACUCAUCUUCUAAGAAAAAAGACUCUUGUUUUCGGACAGAGUUGGAGGAAUGGAUGAGUUUUAUCACAUCCAGCUCUAGGGUCACGGGACAUAAUCGUCCGCAAGUUCUUGUUGUGAUUUCACACAAGGACAAAAUGAAAUCCAGCUCUUUGACUUGGGCUCACUCAAUAGUGAAAGAUGUCAACCAAAGAUUUGCAAAAUUUGUGGAUCUUCAUCCAAUUCAAGAGUGUUUUCAUGUGGAUGCGAGAAAAAAGAAGCAAGUUAUAGAUCUCAAAGAUUAUAUUUUUGAGAUUUUUGACAAGUUGUUGAGUGAAAAAUCCCCACGGGUUCCCCAAUUGUGUUCCCGACUCUCUUCCCUCUUGGCUACAAACAUCAAGGAGAACAGAAGUUGCCCUAUUUGGUUACCUCAAAAGUUUAAUAACUUCUGUGACCCCAUCUUGACAGAGUUCAUUUCAUCCUCUUCAGCUUUUGCCAUUGAUCAUUCAAGGAUAUUAAAUUCUAUAGUAUCUUAUUUGAAUGACGUUGGGUCCAUAGUUUAUAUUCCAACCCUUAGUUACAUCAUUGUAGAUCCAAACUGGCUCACUAAUACAUUAUUGGGUGAGCUGGUAGCUCUAGGUCAAAAAUUUCAUGCUCAAGAGCAUGAAAGUAAGUCGCAUUUCUCAUACUCCAGCAAGGACGGAUUUGUGAGCGAGAGUGUCUUUGUUGGAUUGAUAGAGGAGUUUCUGGAAAAGAUACCGCAUGGACAGAAAGGUGUGGACAGAGAUGUGAUUGAGAACAUCCUUAUCCAUUUAGAUUUGUGUUUCAAGGUGGAAGAUACUUCUAAGUUUUAUUUCAUUCCCUCCUUCAUACCUGAGCAUGCAAGCACUGAAGUACAGAAGCCUCAAGAAUUGGUGGACGUGAAGCCGAAGGCUUGGAAACGUAGGGUUGAGACUUCAAAGUUUGUCGGCAUCCGGAUUCAAUGCCAAGAUGGAAAAACAAUGUCACUGACCGCUGCUUUUUUUCCACGCUUUGAGAUGUUCAUGAGACGCAAGUUGAUAUGCGAGAUGCAUAUUUCCAAGGAGACUGUGACGUGCUCUCGUCAUUAUAUGAAACUUUACCUAGAUGGGCACGAGAUAUAUCUGGAGCAAGAAACGUCCCGCAAUUACUUGGAUGUUUUGAUGUUAUGCUCGGAUCAUAAAUCAAGGGAGGCGGCGAUUAAAUACGUGAUGAAGCAUAUCGUCCAGGAGUUGAUAUCAUUUUGCGCAUCAUCGAAAGGUUGUUCCGGGGUGGCGUUAGUGCUUGGUGUGAUCCAAACACGUUGCGUGGAGAUGCUGAUUCCGAUUCAUCUCAGAGGAGCCAUUCUGAUCGAGGAGCUCAAAUCCGACUUCAUUCGUGACAUCAAUGACAAAUUUGAGGAUAAUCCGUCGGAUAGGUUUCACUUGGUGAAGGAGGAAGAGUUGUUCAACUAUGAGCACCCUUGGCCCCCGAUUCAAGGGCACAUAACAGAGGUUAUACAAGAAAGAGCGAGGGAGUUGCUGUGGGAGAGCGAUGUGGAAGAGAUUGUGAAUGAGACCAUUCAGAAGUUGUAUGGAAGGGGCCAGUGGAACGCAGUUAGGCUCGGGAAGGUAAAGUGAAAUACUUUGUUAAUGUUAUCAAAGCUCACCGCAUAUAGUGGUAUCCUGGAAAAACACUUUCCACUAAUAAAAGUGUAUGUACAAGUUUCUAAGUUCAACGUUCCUCUUCCUGUGGGUCCCUGGAAUAACCCGAAGUUAUAAGUUCAACGUUCCUCUUCCUGUGGGUCCCUGGAAUAACCCGAAGUUUUAAAGCAGCUUCUGCGUUGAAACAUUCCGGUUAGAUGAGGGUCGCCUUGGAAUGCGUGUUAAAGGAAAUAAAGCAGAGGCGUGAACUUUUUGGCUU